AUGGCUUUAGCCCGGCUCUGCGCCCUGCUCGCCUGCUGCUGGGGACCGGCGGCGGUGCUGGCCACGGCCGCUGGCGACGUGGAUCCAUCCAAAGAGCUGGAGUGCAAGCUCAAAAGCAUCACGGUGUCGGCGCUCCCCUUCCUGCGUGAGAACGACCUGAGCAUCAUGCACAGCCCCUCGGCCUCCGAGCCCAAGCUUCUCUUCUCGGUGCGCAACGACUUCCCCGGAGAAAUGGUCGUGGUGGACGACCUGGAGAACACGGAGCUGCCCUACUUCGUGCUGGAGAUCUCAGGGAACACGGAAGACAUCCCCCUGGUGCGCUGGAGGCAGCAGUGGCUGGAGAAUGGCACUUUGCUUUUUCAUAUCCAUCACCAAGAUGGUGCUCUGAGCCUCCCUGGACAAGACCCGACGGAAGAGCCCCAGCAUGAGUCAGCCGAGGAGGAGCUGAGGAUCCUCCACAUCUCGGUCAUGGGUGGCAUGAUUGCUCUGCUGCUGUCCAUCUUGUGUUUGGUGAUGAUCCUGUACACGCGGCGGCGAUGGUGCAAGCGCCGUCGUGUCCCCCAGCCCCAGAAGAGUGCCAGUGCCGAGGCAGCCAACGAAAUACACUACAUUCCCUCUGUCCUGAUUGGCGGGCAUGGCCGGGAGAGUCUGCGUAAUGCCCGUGUGCAGGGCCACAACUCCAGCGGCACCCUGAGCAUCCGGGAGACCCCCAUCCUGGACGGCUAUGAGUAUGACAUCACAGACCUGCGUCACCACCUGCAGAGGGAGUGCAUGAACGGAGGGGAAGACUUUGCCAGCCAGGUCACUCGCACCCUUGACUCCCUGCAGGGCUGCAAUGAGAAGGCAGGGAUGGACCUCACACCAGGAAGUGACAAUGCCAAGCUGUCGUUGAUGAACAAGUACAAGGAUAACAUCAUUGCCACCAGCCCUGUGGAUUCCAACCACCAGCAGGCCACCCUGCUCUCUCACACUUCCAGCAGCCAGAGAAAGCGGAUCAACAAUAAAGCAAGAGCUGGAUCCGCCUUCCUGAACCCUGAAGGGGAUUCAGGCACAGAGGCAGAAAAUGACCCCCAGCUGACCUUUUACACCGAUCCCUCGCGGAGCCGGAGACGCAGUAGAGUGGGCUCUCCCCGGAGUCCUGUGAAUAAGACCACCUUGACGCUGAUCAGCAUCACCAGCUGUGUGAUUGGCCUUGUGUGCACCUCUCAUGUCAGCUGCCCUCUGGUUGUCAAAAUCACCUUGCAUGUCCCCGAGCACCUGAUCGCCGAUGGGAGCCGCUUCAUCUUGCUGGAGGGGAGCCAGCUGGAUGCCAGCGACUGGCUGAACCCUGCCCAAGUGGUGCUCUUCUCUCAGCAGAACUCCAGUGGGCCCUGGGCCAUGGAUCUCUGUGCCCGGCGGCUCCUGGACCCCUGCGAACACCAAUGUGACCCCGAAACUGGUAGGCAGGAGCACCGGGCAGCGGGGGAAUGCCUCUGCUACGAAGGUUACAUGAAGGACCCAGUACACAAGCACCUCUGCAUUCGCAAUGAAUGGGGGACAAACCAGGGGCCUUGGCCUUACACCAUAUUUCAGCGAGGUUUUGACCUGGUUUUGGGAGAACAGCCUUCUGAUAAGAUAUUCAGAUUCACCUACACCCUUGGGGAGGGCAUGUGGCUGCCCCUCAGCAAGAGUUUUGUGAUUCCACCAGCCGAAUUGGCCAUCAACCCAUCGGCAAAGUGCAAGACGGACAUGACAGUGAUGGAGGACGCUGUGGAGGUCAGAGAGGAGCUGAUGACCUCAUCCUCCUUUGACAGCCUGGAAGUUCUUUUGGAUUCCUUUGGGCCAGUGCGUGACUGCAGCAAGGAUAACGGGGGCUGCAGUAAGAAUUUCCGCUGUAUCUCAGAUCGAAAGCUGGACUCCACUGGUUGCAUGUGCCCAUCUGGACUCAGCCCAAUGAAGGACAGCUCUGGCUGCUAUGACCGCCACAUCGGGGUGGACUGCUCAGACGGCUUCAAUGGCGGCUGUGAGCAGCUGUGUCUCCAGCAGAUGGCGCCCUUCCCAGAGGACCCCACCUUGUACAACAUCCUCAUGUUCUGUGGGUGCAUUGAAGAUUACAAGCUUGGAGUGGAUGGACGCUCUUGCCAACUCAUCACGGAGACCUGCCCAGAGGGAGGUGACUGUGGGGAAAGCAGGGAGCUCCCCAUGAACCAAACCCUCUUUGGGGAGAUGUUCUUUGGUUAUAACAAUCAUUCCAAGGAAGUGGCCACUGGCCAAGUACUGAAGGGAACAUUCAGGCAAAACAACUUUGCUCGAGGUUUAGACCAGCAACUGCCCGAUGGCCUUGUGGUUGCCACUGUCCCACUUGAGAAUCAGUGCCUAGAGGAAAUCUCGGAGCCCACCCCUGACCCAGACUUCCUGACUGGGAUGGUGAACUUCAGCGAGGUGUCCGGAUACCCUGUGCUGCAGCACUGGAAGGUGCGCUCUGUGAUGUACCACAUCAAGCUCAACCAAGUGACCAUCUCUCAGGCCCUCAGCAAUGCUCUCCACUCCCUGGAUGGGGCUACUUCUCGUGGGGAUUUUGUGGCCUUGUUGGAUCAGUUUGGCAACCAUUACAUCCAGGAAACUAUCUAUGGCUUUGAGGAGUCCUGCUCUAUCUGGUACCCAAACAAGCAGGUCCAGCGGCGGCUCUGGCUAGAAUAUGAAGACAUCAGCAAAGGCAAUUCCCCAUCUGAUGAGUCAGAGGAGCGGGAAAGAGACCCCAAGGUCCUCACAUUUCCAGAGUACAUUGUCAGCCUGUCUGAAUCUGGCACCAAGCGCAUGGCAGCUGGAGUCCGUAUGGAAUGCCAGAGCAAAGGACGAUGCCCCUCGUCCUGCCCCCUGUGCCACGUGACUUCUAGUCCUGACACCCCUGCUGAGCCGGUUCUGCUAGAAGUGACCAGAGCAUCCCCCAUCUAUGAACUGGUGACCAACAACCAGACCCAGAGGCUCUUGCAGGAGGCCACCAUGAGCUCUCUCUGGUGCUCAGGGACUGGAGAUGUCAUUGAGGACUGGUGUCGCUGUGACUCCACUGCUUUUGGAGCUGAUGGACUCCCCACCUGUGCGCCCCUCCCACAGCCGGUGCUAAGACUCUCCAUAGUUCAUGAGCCCAGCAGCACCCUGGUGGUCCUGGAGUGGGAGCACUCAGAGCCACCAAUUGGGGUGCAGAUUGUAGAUUACCUCAUCCGUCAAGAGAAGGUCACCGACAGGAUGGACCAUUCCAAAGUGGAGACAGAAACAGUGCUGAGCUUUGUGGACGAUAUCAUCUCUGGGGCGAAAUCUCCUUGUGCCAUGCCUUCUCAGGUGCCAGACAAGCAGCUCACCACUAUCUCUCUGAUCAUUCGAUGCUUGGAACCCGACACCAUUUACAUGUUCACCCUGUGGGGAGUGGACAACACGGGACGGCGCUCCAGGCCAAGCGAUGUGAUCGUGAAGACCCCUUGCCCUGUGGUGGAUGAUGUCAAAGCCCAAGAAAUAGCAGAUAAGAUCUACAAUCUCUUCAAUGGCUAUACCAGUGGGAAGGAGCAACAAACUGCCUACAACACCCUCCUGGAUCUGGGUUCCCCCACCUUACAUCGAGUCCUCUAUCACUAUAACCAGCACUAUGAGAGUUUUGGAGAAUUCACCUGGCGGUGUGAGGAUGAAUUGGGCCCCAGGAAAGCGGGCCUCAUCCUUUCCCAGCUUGGGGAUCUCAGCAGUUGGUGCAACGGACUUCUCCAGGAACCCAAGAUAAGCUUGAGGCGCAGCUCACUCAAGUACCUGGGCUGCCGUUACAGCGAGAUCAAGCCGUACGGACUUGACUGGUCAGAGCUCAGCCGGGACCUCAGGAAGACAUGUGAGGAGCAGACCCUGAGCAUCCCCUACAACGACUAUGGGGACAGCAAAGACAUCUAGCACCGUGAUGCCAGCAAGUGGCUGCCAAAGUGAAGCAGGAGAGAAGAGGGGGCACCUGGGUUGGAUUGUAGAUUUUUAAGAUUUUUUAAUGGAACAUUAAAACCUUCAAAGGCAACAUCUCAACCAGUGAGAAUGUGACCCUUGCUCCCUGUGGGACUUCUUCAGUAUGACGUUCUCCAUCUGCAUGAUCAGUCAACCUGCCGGCCAGCGGCUUCAUGCAGCAUCAUUUUUCUUUAGAGGGUUACUUAGGGGCAGUUUUGCAGUUGAUUUUUUUUUUUGUUCAUUUCUUUUUCCAAGAGGCUCAUCAAAAUGCUCAAGUGAGCACUCUGCUUCCGAAGAAAGGUAUAUCAGGUUGGUGCUCCCCAGACUCACUGAGUUCCUGAGUCCAUUGAAAUUGGGGACCAAGAUGAGGCCAUAAAGUUGUGUGACCUUCCUCAGGCCACACACUCAGGCAUUCCUUAGGAAGCAUCUCAUCUCUGGGCCUAAGCCCAGACCACAGAAAAGACAAUAAGGUUGGGGAAAGUGACCCCUGACUAGGCCUCAGUUUCUCUUGGAGGGCUUCCCAUUGCCAUCUCCAUACUUCACAGGUGAACCAGCCUCCAUUUUUGCACCAAUGGGCCUCCUAGGGUUUUAGGUUCUCCUAUGUCUCAAGACGGAGUCCCUGGUGGUGCAAACAGUUAACGCACUUGGCUGCUUACAGAAAGGUUGGCAGUUCAGGUCCACUCAGAGGUACCUCGAAAGAAAGGCUUGGCAAUCUACUUCCAAAAAAUCAGCCAUUGAAAACUCUGUGGAGCAUAGUUCUACUCUGAUACACAUUGGGCUGCCAUGAAUCAGAAUUGACUCCAUGGAAUUUUUUUUUUUUAAUCUUUCAAGACAGGACUGAAAUUAAAUCUCCCUCUGGCAGAUCUCUGCCCUCUCCUCAUAAUGACAUGAGCUUUGAAAGCCAAUAAAAUGUCACCCAUCAAAUUUCCUGGAACAAGAUGAUAUUUGAAUGAGAGCAAAAUGCCGCCUGUCAGAUGGACCUGCAGAGCAGUCUACCUGGGAGACUUUUUAUGAGACCGCACUCUGGAAAGACAUGGAGCUAAUUGUUUAAAAAAAGAAAAAAAACUCCUGUGCCUCCUUUGGAUGAACUUCUCCAGACCACCAAUAUAUAGCCAAGCACCUGGAUUCGCUUUAGUCCCAUGCCUCUUACCUUUGACAGAUAAGGCCUGUUGAUGUCUGCUCUGGUCCAGGAGGGGUUGAGUACCUCCAUGUCAGUGUUUUCGUGAACUAUAGCUAUUACUGAUCUCACACACACACACACAACUUCUGUCCAUUUCCCCCCUUGUGAAAUUUGCGUAAUUAUGUUGUUAAUUUUACAAAUCCUUCCCUUUAGUGACCAUCAGCAGGAGGAGUCCACCAUUGUUACCACCCACCUAGUUGCUGGGAGUAGAUGAGAAUCUGGAUAGGGAGGCACUACAGUUCAGGGCUAGGGUGUUGUUUCUGCCUAGAGUACAGUUGUAUUACCGGAAACCUUCCUUUCAGAAAGAACACUGCAGACCCGUGUUGACCAGACCAGCAAGGAGGAUGUUUGCCGUCCCCACACUCCAAUAUCCCUGCCUCUGACUAGCGCUCCUUCUUGGAAGUACGUGAGAAAAGUCAGGAAGGACAUACAGGAUCUAUAAGGCCAGUCAUUGAGCUAUAUUGAUUUUUUUUUUAAAUAGUAAUAAUGACAGAUCACAUGUAUUGAGUGAGUGCUUACUGUGUGCCAGGCACUGCUCUAAGCACUUUACAGAACACUGAAUUCUCAUAACAAUCUCCAAGGGAAGUACUCGCCUCAUCUCCAUAUGAGAGAUGAGGAAACUGAGGCAAAGAGAGGUUAUGCAACUUGCUAUGAUAUGAAUUCAGGCUGUUGGACUCCAGAGCACAGGAUUUUAACGACUGCAAGCCUCAGUACUGUUUACACCAUUGCUUGUGGCAGGCAGCCACUCCAGCUAAGCUCUACAGGGAGCCUGCCCAGAGAGCCUUACCUUUCCCCAAGUGUCCAUGGUAGAGAUGUGCCCACUGUGUGGUGGAAGGAGGAGGAGCCACAGCGCACUUUUACCUUCUGGAGUUGGAGCACCCUUUGGGACCACCGGCUUUGCCUUCCCAACUGGGGAUUGGGAAUGACAUGUGAUAACCUGACACAGAUGUCAGCCCUAGGCUGAAAAUACAGGUGGGCUCACUUCCGUCUCUGCCUUUUUCCACAGAAAAGUUGAAAGAUUUAUUGUACACACUCAAUUGCACCUGCCUGACAGAUUCUUCUACUUCCAGAGCCAAGGCAAGUAGAAAACUUAACUGCCCAGCCCCUGGCCGAUGCAGGGGCCUCAGAUUAAAUGCCUCGAGGGACACAUUUUUCACCUUGACCUGACCAUUAACAGAGAUGUCCAUACUAUAGGCAAUUGGUAACCAAUUGGGCAGGGCCAAGGGAUGAGUUUGCUGCUGUUACCGUUUUCCUAUCCUUUUAUUC